AUGGAGCUCUGGCCGUGGCUCAGCGCGGCGCUGCUGCUGCUGCUGCUCCUGGCGCAGCUCAGCCGCACGGUCAAGUUCUACGCCAAGAUCAUCCUGUACUGCGUGCUCUGCUUUUGCACAUCCACCGUGGUCACCGUGCUGUGCCUGCUGCGCCAUGGCGGCCGCACGGUGGAGAACAUGAGCAUCAUCAGCUGCUCUGUCCGCGCCUUCAAGUAUGUCUACGGGCUGCGCUUUGACAUCAAGGGCCGUGAGAAGCUCGAGCUGGACCAGCCGUGUGUGAUCAUCUCCAACCACCAGAGUGUCCUGGACAUGAUGGGCCUCAUGGAGAUCCUGCCCAAGCGCUGUGUGCAGAUAGCCAAGCGGGAGCUGCUGUUCCUGGGCCCGGUGGGCAUCAUCAUGUAUCUCGGGGGCGUCGUCUUCAUCAACCGGCAGCGCUCCAGCACCGCCAUGACCGUAAUGGCCCAAGUGGGAGAGCACAUGGUCAAGGAGAACCUCAAAGUGUGGAUCUACCCCGAAGGUACACGGAACAGCAACGGGGACCUGCUACCCUUUAAGAAAGGCGCCUUCUACCUGGCCGUCCAGGCCCAGGUGCCCAUCAUUUCUGUGGUGUAUUCCUCCUUCUCUUCCUUCUACAACCCCGAGACAAAGCUGUUCACCUCAGGAACAAUCAAGGUGGAGGUGCUGGAUGCUAUUCCCACCACUGGUCUCACAGUGGCCGACAUCCCCAAGCUCAUGGAGACCUGUCAUCAGGACAUGAGGAACACCUUCUUCCGUCUGUCCAAGAUGCCCCAGGGGAAUGGGGCUGUUAAGCAGCCACAAGCCCGGCUGGCCCAGUAG